CUCCGUUCCGCGUUUAAUCUCGUUUUGGUUCUGUCCAGCUUGUGGUCUCGCUUAAAAGAGAGGAACGCUACAAACUUUCGCGUCAGUCCGAUACAAUAAAUACGAAACAUGACUAACUAUUAAUAGCAUUAGAGUAGUAAUAGAGAAAUUUUGUUGACACGAUUCCGCUUCAGAUUUGCAUUUCAGUGCAAGAGAACUCGGGGCGUUGUGAGGCGUCAGGUGCGAUUCGAAGCGAGGCGAUUAGCGAUUUUUCACGGAAUUCCAUGGCUGUUUUCCCACGUAAACUCGAAAUUUCCCCUUCGCCGUCGCGCUCUACGUUAGUUGUAUGUCAUUCUAGUAAGCAUACGAAAUAGGCAACUCGCGGUACGUAAUGACUAAUUCAUCACAUUGUGCCGAUCGCCAAGUCAUUAUCAUUUUAAAUAUCCAAAAACAAUUACGCUAGUUUUACAUUGAACUAAAAUUUUAAUUUUCGGUCUACUCUAUGUAUAUAUAUAUAUGUGUGUGUGUGUGUGUGUGGGUGGGUGUGUGCGCGCGCGCGCGUGUGUAUAAAGUGCUUACUGCUGCUCGGAAUCCUCUUUUCGCUUCUUCGCAUUCGAUCCUAACGACAGCGUUUUCUAGUUGUACUCUUCAGCGGGAAGGGAUGCAACUGCAUCUUCAAGAAUACGGUAGCUGAAUUACGUGCACGCAAGAUGCACGCAUUGACAUUCGCCUCGUGUCGAUCACGUCGAGGAAACCGCAUGGUAAUUCGAUUUUACGUAGCAUCAAGAAGUUCCACGUGUUUCAUAUGUUUCAAGAGGAUGACUGGCCCUUCCUCCGCCUCUUCUUCCUUCGCCAAGUGAGGAUACUCGUUUCGCGACCUGGAACAAUUGCAAAUAUAUGUUAUUUAUGCGUUGCCGGUGGUGCCGUAUUACGUAUGAUUUAUUAAUAUGAGUUACUUAGGGACGCUGUCAUUGUUGCAGACAGUGCAGAUAGCACAACCAAUUUAGAUUGUAACGUGGCAUUUUGAAACAGAAGAGAAUGCAUAUAUUAUUUUAUUUAUAAUAACUGUGUAAAUGUAUUUAACGUUUAACAUUUUGAGAAUUGCGUUGAGUCAGUUGUAAUUCUUUCUUGUGUGCAAGAUUACGCUUCGAAAAGCAAGUGAGAACGUGGGCAUGGGAAGGAAUCAAAGGGCAUGAAGCGAUGGGAUGGGUGUUUACGAUAUUUCAUUUGUGCAAUUUGCGAAAUCCUGGUUCAAAAUGUCGUGUUGGAAGGUGCCUUCUGUACUUUCCCCCCAUCUCGCGAUAUUGAUAUACGCAACAGUGCUCGAAAUGGGUGAAAUAGCCUACAUGAUUUGUAUAUCAUUUACAUACAAUACAAGCAACGAGUAUUUUAUGCGCAUCAUGUUAUGACAUUUGUAGAGAAGACCAACGUUAGCUUACUCCUGGACUUACUGCGGACGGACUCGACAAUCCACUCUAAAGUCUAAGUGAAUGGACCCUACUUCGUGGAUACACAGACGUUACUGGUACUACAGAUUGUGAACAUUGUGAUUGGAUAUCACAAGGAUCAACACUUACAGAAUGCUGCAUCAGAUGAAUCCUGAUUUCCUGGGUACCAAGUCCGAAAGUUCAGGAAAACCAUCUCUGGAGUCGUGUAUCUUGCAUUCGAGAAUAUCACUAAAGGGAGACGGCAACGAUUAUAUUAUGAACCCCCAUCGAUACGACUGUUCCACAUACGAUGAAGCGUACAAAAAGUCACUGGAGUGCCCGGAUGAGUUUUGGGGCGAGGUCGCCGGCUGCAUCGACUGGAGUAAACCUUGGCGCAAGGUGUUGGACAACUCCAACCCACCGUUCACGAAAUGGUUUGCCGGUGGAGAACUGAACGCUUGUUACAACGCGGUGGAUCGCCACGUGCAUGCUGGAUUUGGGAAGAAAACCGCGCUGAUCCAUGACAGUCCCCAGACGUCCCAGAUACGCACAGUAACAUACGAUGAACUUUUGGAGAAGACGUCCCUGUUGGCGGGCGCGUUGGCGGAUCUGGGUGUGCGUAAGGGAGACAGAGUGAUCAUCUACAUGCCGCUGAUUCCCGAGACUAUAAUUGCGAUUCUAGCGACUGCUAGACUCGGAGCGAUUCAUUCCGUAGUUUUUGGAGGUUUUGCAGCAAAUGAAUUGGCAUCUAGAGUGAAUCACGCCGAACCAAAAGUUAUUAUCGCCGCGAGUUGCGGGUUGGAACCGUCCAAAGUAAUCAAGUACACUACUAUGCUAAACAAUGCCAUGGAAAUGAUCACCGUACCGAAGCCCAAGUGCAUCGUAUUCCAGAGAAGGAACGUAUGGGAAGCCCCGUUGCUCAAGUCGCAGUACGACUGGGACGACUUGAUGAAGAACGCGAAGCCUCAUCCAUGUGUGAUGAUCGAAGCUAACGAGCCAUUAUACAUACUGUACACAUCAGGGACUACAGGACAACCGAAGGGAAUUAUAAGGCCGAUUGGCGGUCACUUGGCGACACUCUGUUGGAGCAUGAAAACGGUCUAUGGGAUGAAUAAGAAUUCCGUUUGGUGGGUGGCCUCUGACAUGGGCUGGGUUGUCGGGCACUCGUACAUUUGCUACGGUCCUCUCCUGUAUGGCGCAACAAGUGUGAUGUACGAAGGAAAGCCAGAUAGGACACCAGACGCUGGCCAAUAUUUCAGAAUCAUUGAGCAACACAGCGUAAACGCGUUAUUCUGCGUGCCUACAGCUCUGCGAGUUAUAAGGCGGGCGGAUCCAGAAACAUUAUUAGGGAAGAAGUAUUCAUUAAAAUCCUUGAAAACUGUAUUCGUGGCUGGUGAAUUUUGUGAUUACGAGACGAAAGCCUGGGCCGAGAAGGUGUUUAAGGUGCCGAUUCUAAACAAUUGGUGGCAAUCGGAGACUGGACAUCCCAUUACGGCAUUGUGCCUAGGAUAUGGUUAUCAUGCAAGCUUGCCUAAAUUCAGUACAGGACUUCCCAUACCUGGAUACGACAUUCACAUUCUGCGCGAGGAUGGAAGUAAAGCACCGAAACACGAACUCGGACGAAUCGCCAUAAAGUUACCGUUACCGCCUGGAUGCAUGUCGACUCUUUAUCAAGCACCUGAAAAAUUCAAGGAAAUAUAUUUCUCGACGUUUCCAGGUUACUACGACACGAUGGAUGCGGGCUACAUCGACGAGUUCGACUACGUUUACGUGACGGCGAGGGACGAUGAUGUGAUAAACGUAGCCGGGCAUAGGAUCUCUACUGCUGCGCUGGAAGAUAUUAUUUUAGCUCAUGGCGACGUGGUGGAUGCCGCAAUUGUCGGUGUGCCGGAUUUCACCAAGGGUGAGGUGCCGCUCUGCCUUUACGUCAGGCGGGAAGAGGCGACGAAGAAUGAAGAGGAAAUAAAUCAAGAGCUGGUAGCGCGGGUGAGAAGCAUGAUGGGGCCGAUUGCGUCCUUCCGGAUCGCCGCUGCGAUCACCGCGUUGCCUAAAACGCGCUCGGGGAAGAUAAUCCGCAAGUCCAUCGCCACGUUGGCGCGUUCGAAACAAGUCAAGAUUCCGAGCACGAUUGAUGAUCCAACAGUAUUUCGUGAAAUUAAGGAGGUACUUCAAAAGCUUGGAUAUGCGAAAUUCGCUCCAGAUCCAGAAUAACGAAUCUUGCAAAAUUAAUAACAAAGGCGUUCUUAACGUGCUGAAUGUUGGUAGAAUUUUAUCUUACUGGCUUGUAUAAUUUUUCCUAUAAAUAUAUAUAAUAAUACAUUAUGUUAUAUAAUUAAAUUAUAGACUGUAUCAUAGUGCUUGAUACAUUUAUCUCACGUUGGGAGAUCACAUGAAAUCCCCACGCCAUUAAAUGUGAGAAAAAUAUUUGCAACAAUUAAUAAUUCAAUUAACUAGAUUCUAGAAUAUUGCACCUUUUUAAAUUGUUGUGGUAAAAUUUUAUAUACCAAUAUAGUUUAUUAUACAUUUAAUUUGUGCCAAUGAAUGUAUGUACGUUUAUCCUUUUUUCACAAGAUGUUCAAAAUGUUGAAAUAUCUUGAGACUUAGGAUUCGUCUUAGGCUCAAAAGUAGCAAAGAUAGCUCGCUUUAUUUAAUUGUUCAAAUGAUAUAAUUUUAGCAUGGAUAAAUACGACUGUAAGUGGGAUUGAGUUUUAAUAAAUUAAAGAUGAGAACGA